ACAAACUAACAAUAGUAAUGGAUGUCAGUGCAGAAGUGGGAACCAAGAUGUAUAGACAUAUUUUGAUUGCCGCGUCGCAUUUCACUGAAGAUUAUAAAUUUACGAUAUGCCUCACAGUGGUAAUGACUUUAUCAACAACUGUCAUUUAUAUUGGAGCUGCAAUUGUUAUGGAAGGACCAAGAACACACAAAGUGUUAUCGUAUUUUAUCUGGCGUGAAAUAAGAUCCUUGUUUUCUCUGUGGUUACUGUGCUCAGCAUCGUACCAAACCCGCAUCAUCUGCGAUGAUUUAGUGAAACGCUUAUCUGAACGACUGGUGUUUGAAUUAGACUCGAAAGACAACUCAUCUCGAAAGCUGACGAAGCGAUGGUUAAAAUGCGUGAAAAUGUCACCAGUGCGGUAUUUAGAGGGCAGCUGCUACACUCUGAGCCACGCUCUGCCGCUGUCGGUGCUGGACUACAGCACCAACUACCUUCUCAUUAUUGUACAGAUGUAUCCCUUAUUUUUAAAGAAAAGCAGGAGAAGCCAAACUUUAGACAGCCUCUGA